UUUGGUGUGUUGUAUGAUGUAGUGGGUUACUUCCGCAACUCUGUAAUUACUUGGGCAGAGCUGUUGGCCAAAGAUCCUAAAGCUUGCUAUAGAAUCUUUGCUGUUGCCCAAAGCAAGCUGUGUGGGUACAACUUUGAAAGCUGGUAGAGUCAUUGCAGAUGUACUGCAUUACUGUAGGCAACGGGAUUCAAUUAUUCAAUAAGCAAGUAACCCGCGUGUAAUUCAGCAUCUGUAGUUCUUUCCUGCUGAAUUACUGCAGUCUCUGAGGACGCGGAGGCUUUGUUUGCUUGUCUCACUGCAAUUUGUGUUCAUUUCCCGGCAUAGAGCUGCAGCUGGAAUGAUCACUGGUGAUGUGGCGGUGACUGGGGGUAUGAUGGAACAAAGUGACAGGCAGAGUGUAGAAGACCCGUUGCCGUCCGUGCUGUGGGGGUUGGAUCCAGUUCAUGGAGUGUUUGCUAAACUCUACAUCCAGGACAUCCUUCAACUCAAGAACUCUCUGCAUGUUCCAGGAAUAUUUUUCUACGGAACACAUCCCAUCAGCAGGGUGGACAUCCUGGGCACUGUUGUCCAGAGGCUGGAGAAGGAGAAGUUUUACGCUUUCGGAGUAGAUGACGGGACCGGUGUCAUUAGCUGUGUGUAUUGGAAGAAGCAAAUGCCAGCACAAGUCACAAAAACAGCCUCGCCCCCCGGAGGCCUGAACCUGCGGCAGCAGUUGAGCCGGCUGGCCGGCCUGGAGGAGGACAAGCGGCGGGUGGAGCUGGGAGACGUGGUGCGUGUGCGGGGUCGUGUGCGGGAGUACAGGGAGCAGCGAGAAGUCAGCAGCAUCAGUGUGGUCAAGGUGUCUGACCCUGUGUUCGCUGCACAAAUCUCACGGAUGCUGGAACUCCCUCACCUUUACCGGAGCUUCUACUACGAUAAAACGUUUCGAAUUCCAAAGGAUGGAUGCGAGGCAGAUGAACACGGGGCCCUCAUCCUGUACCUGCAGAGCAAGAUCAAACAAUUUCUGGCUCAGAACCAAGUGAAGAACUUCUACCAGCGAGAGCUGGAGACCAUCGACUCGUUGUCCUGCAUCGCUCGGCGUGACCGAGAGGUUCAUUGCGACCAGGACUCUGCCCUCAGCCCAGCCGAGACCCUCACACAGGAGCCCAUCAGCUCGCCGUGUGUGUCCAGGCAGAUUCAUGCAACUUUUCAAGAGGCUGUUUCCGCUCUACAAGAGGAGGGGGUCAUUUUCCAGAAAGUGGCUGGACCCAACGAGUUAUACCUGGUGACUGACGAGGAAAAGCAGCUACAUAACGUCACGCUGGAAAUCAUCCGCGAUGACUGCACACAACCAAAAUACAUAGAGAGGGGCUGCCCUUUCCGUCACAUUCUGAACUGCGUGCGGCAGUGCUAUGGUGCGGGGGUUACCGAGGCCACGCUCCAGAGGCUGCUGGACAGUAUGGAGUGUUGCAGCCAGAUCGUCAGUACGAUGGACAGAUUCUACACAGCCUGCUGACCACACUCGGACACCCAGAGCUCCUGCUCUGGACACUGCUGAACUGACCCAGGUUGGCUCUGGCCCUGAGCCCUGCGGCAUGUGGAGAGGUGUGUGACGAUGUAUCUCUCAUCACACGGUGGCAUCAAAUUUCCACCACCAGAAAAUGGACUGAGCUUUGGCUAGAUUUAUUCACCAUUUAUAAAAUAAACAAUUGCAAGUACGUUACCUAAUUAUUGCCAUCUCUUGGAUAGAUUAGGUGUUACGAAGCAAUGUAAAGGCACAGAAUGAUUGAAGAAGGGUCCCCACCCAACAUGUCACCUAUCCCCGUCCACCGCAUAUACUGCCUGACCCCCUGAGCUACUCCAGCACUUGGGGUUCUACGCAGCAUCCCAGCAUCUGCAACCCCUUGUAUCUGUAGAAUUAUUUCAUGUUUGUGACUAAUACCAAGUGGGCGAAGGCGGUGGCUAUCUACGCACAGUGCGAUCCCACGGCCAAUGCUGAGAUGGGAGGGGCAGACUGAGCCCCCUGUUCCCUCCCCCUCCCCCCACAGUAUCAUGCAGGGAGGGAAAUGCUCGCUGCUGGGCCUGGGUCUCCGUGAUGCGGGGUGUGCUCGAGUGUCCUCGGGUAUUGACCGGGCAAUCGCAGGCCUUUCAGCCCCUCUCCGGCUCGCUGUACUGGCACUGAUCCAACGCUGCACGCUGCCCUCGCCUGCCGCAAAACUCUUGUCUUCCUGCCGCAUGUCACCCGACAUUCGGAACCGUGUCUGCGUCCGUGGGCAUCUGCCACUCCUGGGGGGGGGGGGGGGGGGCAGCUGCAGCAGCCAGUUGGGGCAUUGGGUGGAGUCACCGCCGCCUCACGCCCUCCACAACAAGUGGUAGCUCCAGGAGGCUGCAUCCGGCUCCAGUGGCUGGGGCCAUCGGGGGGGGGCGCCCGGGAGGGAUAGUCGUACAGCACGGAAAGAGGCUCUUCGGCCCAACUCAUCCAUACCUUCCAGGAUGCCCCAUGUAAGGCAGUCCCAUUUGACCCACUUUCCAUCUAAACCUUGUCUAUCUGUGUACCUUCCACUGAAGGUCCAUCCACACCUCACGCUGCCUCGACAAGGUACCAGCAUAAUCAAGGACCAGUCUCACCCCGGAUACUCCCUACACUCUCCCAUCAGGAAAGAGGUACAGAAGUAUGAAACCACACAUCUCCAGAUUCAGGGACAGUUUCUUCCCAUGGUUAUCAGGCAACUGAACCAACCUAUCACCAACGGACCGAAGAUACCAUCUAUCUCAUUGGAGAACCUCGAACGAUCUUUAAUUGGACUUUACUGGAUUUGAUCUUGCACUAAACAUAAUUCCCAUUUUUCCUGUAUCUGUAACACUGUGGAAGGCUCGAUUGUAAUCAUAUAUGUUUCCGCUGACUGGUUAGCACGCAACAAGAGCUUUUCACCUCUGUACACGUGACAAUAAACUAAGCUAAACCU